AAAGAGUUUAGCAACAGAACUAAAGUAAUUUCAUUUAAGUUCUCUAUUUAUAUCACAACAAAAACUACUCUCCUACACAUUCAUGGAUCCAACAAAAAAUAGAGGAGAAAUGGAGGGAAUCGAUCAUAGGAUGGUGAGCGUCAAUGGCAUCACGAUGCACAUUGCCGAGAAAGGUCCCAAAGAAGGAACCGUGGUGCUUCUCCUCCACGGAUUCCCUGAUCUCUGGUACACUUGGCGUCACCAGAUCACUGCGUUAUCAUCUCUAGGUCACCGAGCCGUAGCUCCAGACCUCCGAGGCUACGGAGAGUCUGACUCGCCGGAGUGUUUCUCAGAGUACACGUGUCUUCACCUCGUGGGUGACCUCGUGGCUCUUAUUGACAGUGUUUCUGGAGAUCAAGAGAAGGUGUUUCUGGUGGGUCAUGACUGGGGGGCUAUUGUCGGAUGGUAUCUCUGUUUGUUCCGACCGGAGAAGAUUAAGGGUUUUGUGUGUUUGAGUGUGCCUUAUAAGCCAAGAAACCCUAAGGUCAAGCCUGUUGAAGGGUUUAAGGCUGUGUUUGGAGAUGAUUACUACAUUUGUAGAUUUCAGGAACCAGGGAAGGCUGAGAGAGAGAUUGCAUGUGCAGAUCCAAGAAGAGUUCUGAAGAACAUCUUCAUAGGGAGGGAACUCGGCCCACCGAUUCUACCUAAGGAUAACCCCUUUGGAGCAAACCCUAACCCUAACUGCGAACAAGUUAAACUUCCUGAAUGGUUUUCAAAGGAAGAUCUCGACUACUACGUCUCCAAAUUCAAGAAGACAGGAUUUACCGGUGGACUUAACUACUACAGAGCCAUGGAUCUGACAUGGGAACUCACUGCACCAUGGACCGGGGCAAAGAUUCAAGUUCCGGUGAAGUUCAUGACCGGUGAUUUGGACAUGGUUUACACCACGCCGGGGGUUAAAGAGUACAUUCACGGUGGUGGAUUUGCUGCAGAUGUUCCAAAUCUUCAGGAGGUAGUUGUGAUUGAAGAUGCUGGUCACUUUGCCAACCAAGAGAAACCUCAAGAGGUCACUGCUCACAUCAAUGACUUCUUUACCAAGCUUCAGGACAACUACAAAAGCUUUUAGGGUUCUUGGUGAAGUCUGUUUUAUUGACUCUCAAAUAACAAUCUCGUUCUUGCAAAUGUUGUACUUCGAUCGAACAGAUUAUGAAUAAGAUAUAAAUUGCAGGA